AUGCGGGACCCUUCCCCGGACCCCGUGGAUAGCACGGUCAAUGACAACGACACGCCCGGGCGCAGCAGAUGGACCGCCAAGGCCCUCGUCCGGCAGGCCGAGAAAUCCCACCGCCGACUGCCAGGCAUCCGCAAGAUCCCCCUGCCAGCGAUCGGGAUUAUCCUUUUCAUUGCGUUCCUGAAUGUGGUCGUGUGGAUUGCCGCGGCGAUUGUGCUGGCCAUCGACCUAAUGACUCGGCGCUUACUGGCGACCGGCCAGAAGCCCGUGACCGUGGGGACUUUCUUCUCGCUGGGUCAUUCCACAAUCGUAAUCAUAACCUCCAUCGUCGUAGCCGCCACCGCGGCAGCGAUCUCCUCGCGCUUCGACAGCUUCAGCACCAUCGGCGGCAUCAUCGGCACGUCCGUCAGCGCCGCCUUCCUCAUUUUGUUAGGGUUAAUGAACGCCUACAUCCUGUACAAGCUGUACCGGCAGAUGCAGAAGGUGCUGAAUCUGCCGGAAGACCGGGAGGACGAGAUCUGGAAGAUCGAGGGGGGCGGGAUGUUGUUCAAUGUGCUGAAGCGGAUGUUCAAGUUGAUUGAUCGACCCUGGAAAAUGUACCCCCUGGGCGUCCUGUUCGGGCUAGGAUUCGACACCUCCUCCGAGAUCGCCCUGCUGGGGAUCUCGUCCGUCGAGGCGGCGAAGGGGACGAACUUCUGGGUGAUUCUGAUCUUCCCGGCGCUGUUUACCGCGGGGAUGUGCCUCCUCGACACGACGGACGGCGCGCUGAUGCUCUCGCUGUACGUGCAGCCGUCGGCCAACUUCCUGCCGCCGAAGAGCGAUGCCGCGUCGGACGCGCCCCUCAUUUCCGGGCCGGAGGAGCAUGACGCCGAGCAGCAGCAGAAGAACCACCGCGACCCCGUCGCGUUCCUGUACUACUCGAUCGUGCUGACCUGCCUCACGGUGGUCGUGGCCAUCGUCAUCGGCGUCAUCCAGGUGCUGACCCUUGUGCUGAACGUGGCGAACCCCACCGGCCGGUUCUGGGACGGCGUGCAGGUGGCGGGGGAUUAUUAUGAUGCCAUUGGCGGGGGCAUCUGUGGGCGGUGGGUGGCUCGGCGGAAGGGACGGGGGUUUGGGGUGGAUGUUGAGGACCCAUCGAUCCCCGACUUCUCGGCCUGUCCGCCAAUCUUCGUCCUGCAGACGCACCUCACCAUCGAGUCCCUCCACGACAUCGAAGAGGAGCUCGUCCGCCGCAACGCACGGCUGACCUACGACAUCGACGAGGCCGCUCUCAUCCUCGGCAAGCUCAGCCAGCCCAAACGCGCAGCACUGGAACUGCGAACGCUGGGCGUGUGGACUGAGCCAGCCCAAAAGUCUUCAGAGCCCCCGCCGGCCAAACGCCGCCGAGGCAAUGCCUAUGCGUCCGCCCCGGGGGAAGCGGAGGUCAUCGACCUCAGCACGGAGACAGAGGACGAAGCGGACGGGAUGAGCAGUCAUGCUCCCUCCAAACAUCUUCACGCACCUGCCAAACCAACCCCAGACACCUCCACCCUGACAGUCGUCAAGCUGGAGUGGCUCCACGCCUGCCUGCGCACAAACACCAUCCUCCCAACCGAGGAGUACACAGUCUACCACGCGCGACGCAUCGAGCGUCCAGCCCACCGCAGCCCACCCCCAACGAAGCAAACGCAACCAUCAAUCCUCGCCCGCGCCAAAGCAGACGCCUCCAUGCAGCCCCCAGCACCCCAACGAACCCGCCCCUACCAACCCCGCCACCACCAGCAACAACAUCACCCCCGAACCCAGCCCCCUGCCACCUCCCACCCCCCGAAAUUGCACCGCACCACCACCUCCGAAGCCGAAGACCUAGGCAAUCUCCCACCUCCCCCAUCCUGGAUAACCGCGCCCCACAACACCUACGCCUGCCUCCGCUCCACCCCGCUUCACCCACCCAACGAAGCCUUCAUCAACGAACUCCUCACCAUCCGCCACAUCCGCGAGCUCACCCUGGACGAAAUCGGCGUCCGCGCCUACAGCACCGCCAUCGCCAGCCUCGCCGCAUACCCUUACCCGCUCCGCCGACCCGCCGAAGUAGCAGCAUUACCAGGGUGCGAUGCCAAGAUCGCGAACCUAUUCUACGAGUUCCAGCAGCUGAGCCCGAGCUCCAACUCCAGCGGGGAGAAUACACCGCGUCCACCGGAUCCAUCGCCCGCCAAUCUCGGGCAAGACACACCGGGCCCACCCCAGCCCCAAGGAGGGCAACUAACCGCGACGCACCCCCUAACGCACGACCCCACCCUCGCCACCCUGCACACCUUCUACAACAUCUGGGGCGUGGGGGCCAAAACCGCGCGGGAGUUCUACUUCCAGCGGGGGUGGCGGUCCUUGGAUGACAUCAUCGAGUACGGGUGGGACAGUCUGAGCCGGGUGCAGCAGAUCGGGGUGAAGUUCUACGAUGAAUUCCAGGCGGGGAUUCCGCGGGAGGAGGUGGAGGGCAUUGCGGCCGUGGUGCGGCGGCAUGCUAACGCCGUCAUCGAUCUUCGGAAACAACAGCAACGCAACCACCGCCACCCUACCACUACCACCCUACACUCUGACAAUAUAGAUGAAGGGGGAGGAGGGGUCGAGUGCAUCAUCACGGGCUCGCACCGCCGCGGCAAGCCGUUCUCGGGCGACGUGGACCUGAUCCUCACGCACCGCGACGAGGACGCCACCAAGAACCUGAUCGGGGCGGUGCUGCGCAGUCUGGAGGCGGAGGGCUGGAUCACGCAUACGCUGGCGCUGCACCAGGGGCACUCUGCGCGCGAGCAGGCGACGAUCCCCUACCGUGCGGAUAAUGCGGUCGGCCGCAAGAUGUUUGAUAGUCUGGACAAGGGAUUGGUGGUUUGGCAGCAUCCUGAUCCACGCCCGGAGGGUGGGGAUGCGCAUUCCACCGGGUAUACUCUGGGGAAUGGAAAGGGGAAUCCCCACCGCCGCGUGGACAUCAUCAUCUCGCCGUGGCGGACGGUGGGGUGCGCGGUGCUGGGGUGGUCCGGGGAUAAGACGUUCGAGCGGGACUUGCGGCGCUUCGUGAAGAAGGAGCGCGGGUGGAAGUUUGAUUCGAGCGGGGUGCGCGAGCGGGGGGGCGGGGGGUUGGUGGUGGAUUUGGAGGGGGCGGGAGAGACGUGGGAGGAGAGGGAACGGUUGGUUAUGGAGGGGUUGGGCAUUGGGUUCCGAGGGCCGGGGGAGAGGUGUACUCGGUGA